GGCUUGCGCUGGAGCGUGGUUUUGCUUGUGAGGGUCGUAAGAUGGGAACGCUCGCGGAACGUAGAACUAUCCCGCCGUGGGUGAAAGUUCCUGAAGACCUGAAAGAUCCAGAAGUGUUCCAGGUCCAGACGCGGCUGCUGGAAGCCAUGUUCGGCCGGGACGGAUGUCGAAUCCCUUACAUCGAGCAGGUGAGCAAGGCCAUGCUCGAGCUGAAGGCUCUGGAGUCUCCAGACUUCACCGAGGUCGUGGUCUACGGCUCCUAUAUAUACAAGCUCCGAGCCAAAUGGAUGCUCCAGUCUAUGGCUGAGUGGCACCGCCAGCGCCAGGAGCGAGGGAUGCUCAAACUUGAGGAAGCCAUGAAUGCCCUCGAACUAAGCUCUUGGAUGAAGUGAACCAGCUUCCA